GUUGAGAGGAAAGAUUGCGCAUAAGGCAAACUGAAGUUCAAGAUCAUUCCCGUUUUAUGCGAAGUGUUCUUCCGCGAGCACCGCGUCCUGCUUAAUACACCCAUGUGGCAGCUAAAGUUGCUUCACGAUGUUAUUCCAGUGUUCCACAUGCUGGCCCUCCAGCUACGGCGCCACAGAGACGCGGACGACAAAAACAAUGACGAUGCACAGCUAGUGCCGAAGCAAUGCCUAAACGAUUGCUACAUCGAUAUCCUGAAUAUCCAAAUGGCUGUGUUGGCUUCUCGCUGCGAGUGGAGGCCCGGGCUGGACGAAGCUGUUGUGACCGAUCUACUGAAGGCAUUGGAGAGCCGUAUCCAAAAAAGGCCCAGGUUUUUUAGUCCAAGGUCCCCGUUCCCCGUUCCCUGGCCGUUUACGACUGGCGGCACUAAAACCGAUGACCCGGCGGAACAACUCCCAGAACUACAUGAACUCCAGGCCCGAAUCUACGCGAUCGCGCGAGACGUAGAUCCUGAAAAGGAUAAGGCCAGAGGUAUGGAGAGUGACGACGAAGAUGGCUCCGCAGGUUGCGCGACGGAGACGGCAGAGGAAAAGAAGGUACAACGUUGCUUGGCUGAAAUGGCCGGUGCCAUUCGACUCUUCCGCCGCGAGAAGACUCCGAAGGAGACGGAUAAAAGAGAUAAGUUCUUGAGGAUCGUCCGGAAGGCGAGUCGCCACCUGUUGAAACUAUACUUCGAUGAACCGCAUGCAGGACACGCUCCUCUCGAUCUGGCGAGACACCCGAGUAAUGGCGUCAAGAAGCUGGCAGACAGCGUGCAUGGCCUUCUAUGUCAGCACUGCAACUGCGGAUGCCGCUGGAGGCGACCCCCCAAUGCCCGGGAAGCCCGCCUCAGCCUGACACGUCACCGCCAGUUCCUGUUGAAGGCUACUGCGGCGGAACAGCUGGGGCUUGUCCCAAAAGAUAUCGACGCCAAAUUCGAAAUCCUUCUUCCCGUGUGCGGAGAUCACUGCACUUGGAAGGUGACAGACGUCCGGGCCAUGGCCUAUAUACACGGAGAGGCAGCAAAAACCCCGAAAUCCCCUAUCCAAAACGAUCUUUGCUUCCGGAUACGGAAUAGUAACGCAGUUAAGGUGAAUUUGUGGGCUGAGCACGAGAAAAAGAGGCUCUGGGCAGUUCAUCCACCGGCGCCGGGAGAUGUCUGUGAGCACUCUGUCAUGGAGUCACUCCACGAGCUCCUAGGGAAUGACCCUGCCGCACCAUCCAUGGCACGUAUCUCGAGGUACGACGAUAGGGACAGAUUAACGUUAGCGUACGUCCUGGCCACGUCCGUCUUAUACCUGUACCCGGGUAUCUGGCUUCAGACGGAAUUCUGCUGGAGCAGCAACAAAAUCCUGUUCGCGCGAAGCGCUGGCGAUGAGAGCGGCCGGCUGGUUGCACUAACGCAGCCAUACCUUUCGGCCAACCUACUGCGCCGACAAGAAAUGCCCAAGGCCGAUCCCGCCGCUAUGUCUCGGUACCACCUCCACCCAGCAGUGCUGGCGCUCGGCGUCAUGCUCCUGGAGAUUGCCACACGUACCAAGUUCGAUGUGCUGUGCCCAAAGAAGCCGUGCGACAGGGACCGGUUGAACGAAGCAUGCCGGACGACGAUGGCGCCCAGUAACGAGGAUGGCGCCCUGGCACUGAAAGCGCUUGAAAGGCUUGAGAAGCAUGGGUCACGGGACGCCCCUCCAUCUCUCUGCGAGGCGAUCCGCAACUGCCUGGUUCUCCGGCCCCCGAGCACCCUGUCAGACCAGCUGCUGUUCGAGGAGGGACCCCUGCGCUUCUACGUUCUCACGUGCGUGGUGGCCCCGCUGGCGACCGCCCUGGAGAAAGGCUAUGGCAUACAGCUGGCCAGUCUGAUGGACGAAGAAGACAUUCAUGGGGUGAAAGGUCUAGCUUCGCUUCAGCUUCGAACUGAGUCUACUAGCAUCCACGACAGAACAGGAAGAUACAAGGGCCCGAGACGGGAUGAAGCGCAAUGCCAACGGCAGACCUGCCUUUUCGGCGACAAAGAGGUCCCCACAGAUCAGACCAAGAUAAACGCGACUAAAGAAUGGUUUGACUUUUAUGACGACAUGAUCCAGCGUGUUUAUGUCGACAAGCGAAGUAUCUGGCGCCAGAACCAGAAGAAGGUGUCCAUCGCAAUACUAGACAGCGGCAUUGAGCUGUCCGAGACGCAGAAGGAUCAGCAUCUCCCCAGACGCAAAGUUGUAUAUCGGAGCUGGGUUGGCGGCGAGACCUCGGGAAACAAGCCGUCCCAGGAGUGGAAGGAUAAUGUGGGACACGGCACACAUCUAUCCACUCUCCUGGCAAGAGUCGCGCCCAUGGCCAAUAUACACGUUGCCCGAGUGUUUGAGCGAUCGCAGCCAGAUUUGCGCAUGGAGACGAAGAAUGUUGCUCAGGCGAUCUGGCACGCCGUCAAUAAGUGGAACGUCGAUAUUAUCGUUAUGUCGUUUGGCUUCGACGCAGUCCAGGAUGCCGCAGACCCCAAGGACUCGAUGCUCCAGGCCAUUAGGCACGCCGCAGCCCAGGGCGUAGGCCUGUUCGCGGCCGCGUCCAACGACGGCAAGAACCGGCCGGACGAGGUGGCGUGGCCGGCCCGGAUGCCCGAGGUGAUAUGCGUCCACUCGUUCGACGGCGCGGGCAACCCGUCCGACUUCACGCCCGGCGCCGGCAAGGAUCAAACCCUCGCCGUGGUGGGCGAGGCCGUGCUGUCCGCCUGGCCCGAGAAGCUGGGGCGCGGGCAACAGCGCUACAUGAGCGGCACGUCGUGCGCGGCCCCCAUUGCGGCCGGCAUGGCCGCCGUAAUCCUCGACUACGCCCGCGCCUUCCUCCCGGAGGACCGCUGGCUGGAGCUGCGCAGGGUCGGGGGACUGCGCCGCAUAUUCGACAGGCUGACACACUUGAGGACCCGUGACUACUGCUAUAUCCGGCCGUGGCAGACGUUUGGCGAGAGGAGUACGGAUGGAUGGAUCCAGGGCGAGAUUGAGAGAGCUUUGGGCGUCUGAAAAAGUCAAUUUGGAAUGUUU